AUGACGUCUCUCGAGCCGCGGCAGUUCCUCGUGCAUUGGAACCGCACGCUGAGCGUCUCGUUGUCGCCCAGCGCCGCGACAAUGGACACGAUCAUGUCCGUCGUCCAGCAGCGUGAAGGAGUUCCCUCGUCGCUCCUGGAUCUGUACGUCAACGGCCGCAAACUCGAGCCAACCAGCCCCAUCCCCGCCUUCCCGACCAUCAUUCGCGCUCGCUUGCGCGGCGGGUUACGCGGUGGAAAAGGCGGUUUCGGUGCCAUGUUGCGGAGCAUGGGCAAAUCAGCAGGUGCAAAGGCCACGACGGACUUUGGGGCGUGUCGGGACCUGCACGGGCGUCGUCUACGGCACGUGAACCAGGAAGUCGCGAUGCGCAAGUGGAUGGAGGAGAAAGACGCGCGUGGGGAGCGGGAGAAGAAGCAGGUGGACGGGCGAGAAGUGAUGGACGAAGAGACGCGGAGCGGGAUCCCAGGGUGGUACUUGGCCACGCCGUCGUGGGCUGAAGGCGUGAAGAAGUCGCACAUGAAGCGGCGACGCAAUACCGUGCUCUGUAAAAGCUGGCUCAAGGCCCGAGAAGGAGGAAAGAGGGCGCCAAGUGGGGCGCCACGCUGGUGGGGGUGUCCACGUGGACGUGACUGUGACUUUGCUCAUGGCCAAGAGGAAUUACGGGGCGAAGGACUGACUGAGUUGAAACGGGUGAAGAAAGAAGAGACGGAACGGGUCAAGCAGCUGGCAUUGCAGAGUUAUGUGGACUUUGAACAGGACAUGCCUGAGGAUGUGCUGGCGGCUAUUAUGACUGGACUUGGUCGUCGCAAGACGAGGAGCAAAGAGGAAAGACAGCAGAAGCAAAUGCAGCAUGCGCGCGUGUUGCCACCACCAGAUGCUACGACGUACAUUAGUGUGCGCUCGGUACAACGUUCGUUGCCGGUCGUUGAACAGUGGCUAAAGCUUGCGGGUGGAGGCAGCGGGGGAGACGUGCGUGCUGGUGUUGAGACGACGUUCAAGCACGGUUUGUGCGAGCUGCGUGGUCGAGGCAACUUUGGCACGGCCUCGGCGCGACAUUGUUGCGCCUUGACCCAGGGUAAAUGGUACUAUGAGGUGCGUCUCGUCUCAGCAGGUGUCGUACAGAUUGGCUGGGCGGACUCAACGUUUGAGACCGACUCUGAAUCGGGAGAUGGGGUGGGUGACCACGAGCGGUCUUGGGCUUACGAUGGGUUUCGACAGGUCAAGUGGAACAAUGGCAAGGACGAGGAGUAUGCGGCGGACGAUGUGUGGAGUAAAAAUGAUGUGAUCGGCUGUCUGCUAGAUUUGGAUGAGGGCACGGUUUCUUUCACUCGGAACGGCGUCGAUCUCGGUGUAGCAUACCGUAACGUCAAGCACUCGCCGAGUGACCGGGGUUUUUUCCCAGCCAUCAGUGUCGAACAGGCGGAGAUUGUACUCGUCAACAUUGGUUCGCAACCGUUCUUGUACGAGGCUCCUGGAUUUGAGCCAGUUAUGGAUGCCUUGGAUGCAGACGUUACCGAAGGCAUGUCCAGUGUUGCAAGCAAUGGUGCUGAGUCAGCCACUGUCGUGGCCAAUGACUGUGGAGACGGGAGUUCUGUUGCCGAGCAGAGCAAGGAGACACUAACAAGGAGCGAAGAGUAA